GACCUAUCAGUGUAUCUGCGAGGGUUCAUACUUGAACACACUUCCGCUUUGGAAAAAUCCAGGUUACAGUAUAUAAAUAUUCAAUACGACACCGGAACAAAGUCAGCAACGCGUAGGCCUUCGCAAAGGUGGGGCGAUGGGGGUGUGCUUGUUAUAACGGGAUGAUGCUGCACCUGCUUGAUCAUGUUUUAAUUUGAUUGACUGUUUUGUCAGGAUUCUUUCAAGUAGAAAAUUUCAAACAACAAGCAUUCGACAUGUGUUCGUCGGCUUUUGUUUUUUCCGUUGUUACUAGCUUUACUGGUGUGCUGUGUUGUUUUCUCCUGCCACAACCAGUGUAUCCCUGCAUCCGCCUUAACAACAGACCCAUCAUAGGGAUCCUGGCACAAGAAAAUCAAAAGAGCGAUCUCCACCCUCAGGGGAUAUCUUACAUUGCUGCUUCAUAUGUAAAACACCUGGAAGCAGCUGGAGCCCGAGUGGUGCCUGUGAGAAUAAAUCGUACAGAGGAUGAAUAUGAAAAGCUUUUCUACUCCAUAAAUGGGUUGUUGCUACCAGGAGGAGAAGUGGAUAUUGAAAGAUCCCAGUUUGCCAGAGUGGCGAAGAUAUUCUAUGAUCUGGCAAUACAGGCCAACGAUGAAUCUGACUACUUUCCAAUCUGGGGAACGUGUCUAGGAUUUGAGCAGCUAACAGUUCUCACCAGUGGCAAAAAUAUUCUGACUGUAACAAAAACAGAAGGAGUCGCUCUCCCGCUGACAUUCACUCAAGCUGCCAAAGAAAGUAGGCUUUUUAAGACGUUUCCCAAGGAUUUGUUACAAGCGCUGUCUACAGAGAACAUCACAGCUAAUUAUCACGACUGGAGCCUUUCCUUGCAGAAUUACACCAACAACAAUAAGUUACAAAGUUUCUACAAGAUUCUGUCAACCAACACAGAUGGACAUACAGAGUUUAUAUCCACAAUGGAGGCUUAUAAGUACCCUUUCUAUGCUGUCCAGUGGCACCCGGAGAGAAAUGCUUUCGAGUGGGUGCAGAAGAGAGGCAUGGCUCACUCCCCUUCUGCUGUGAAAGCAUCAUUUUACACAGCCGACUUCUUUGUAAACGAAGCCAGAAGAAACUUCCACCACUUUGCGACUAAGACUGAAGAGGAAGAUGCCUUGAUCUAUAACUAUUGUCCGGCUUUCAAGGGGCAAGACGUUGCAUUUCUGCAAAAGUAUUACUUUGAUUAAAACCCAUUCUCUUUGUAUCAUCAUUCCAGUAUAAAUCUAUAUAACUUGGUUCCUGUUUUCGUUCCUUUUAAAACAGUGUUGUUUUUCUACCAGGGGUGUUAGUUACAAUACUCUACUGUAAUUAGAAACCUCAGAACCUUCAUUCAGCAAUGAAGAAGCGCGGUCGCAGGACACUACCACUCAGUAGAUGACCGUUGAAAAUAUGUAUGUAUUUAGCUUUAAAAAACAAACUAAACAGAAGGCAGGCAUAACAUUAAAAUAAAUGUGUACAUUUACUGGUUUGUAAUUGCUGUAGAACCCUAAUCGAAGGCAAAACCUUCGACAUGGUCAACUAGAAGGUGGUAAUGUCCUCAAGUCAGGGUUCUGUUGCUGUAGUAACACAUACUGUAGUGGAGGUAUGCAUCAUAGACACUGAGCCCCAUUAACACAUAGCUAACACAAUCAAGACAAAAGUUCAUAUUUAUCUGCUGAGCAGACUAGUUACCAAACCCCUAGUUGUGAGGAAAGACAAUGCACAUAAUGCUCUGUUCUACAAAGAAUACUGACCGCUGAAUGUGCUGUAUGUCCCCCUUUGAGGGGAUUCUCUGCUGUAUAGUAGGACUAUAAAGAAACAUGGGAAUAAAGUUAGAGAAGCGUUUUAACUGUGUUUUAACUGUCAUUGUUUUUCUUGUUGGUAUACAAUACUGACAAAAUAGACAUUGGUCUAUUAUUACCGCCUUAUAAUUUAAAAUUCUUUUAAAUGCAAUUUGAUAGAAUUGAAACGUGAUUAUGUAAAAAAAAAAAAAAAAAAAAAAAAAAAAAUCAAAUUGAAAGAAGCAUAUGUUGUCACGAGUAAGUUCUACAAUCAGUAUUUAUUAUAGGUAUUGAACAUGCAUGAAACAAAUGGAAGAUACUAAUCAAGCAUGCACAGUCUCAUUGAGUUAGGUUGCAAACUCAUAAAACCAGUGGUAUUGUAGUAAAAUAUUGGACAGUGCUGUGCAUGUGGUUAUUAAGCUUACACAUUCCACAUUCAUGGCUGUAUUCCUAAAGCUUUCAUUGGAGCACUUUGCAUUCACCUGCAUGUAAUAAAUUGAGACGAGUACCAUUUGAGAAGGUUUGCAAAUUCACAUGCAUUUGUCUACACACUAAACACAUUGUUUUGACAUUUAGAAAACAGACUUGUGUGUAAAGAUUUGGUGAAUUAAAACCAUUUGCAAAAAAAACCCUAGUGAUGAACCCUUCCGUAAAAACGUUCCGUAUUUUACUGUGUCUUUUCUAUUGUAAUACUGCAAUAAAGUGGGAUGUCAGUGGCUAAAAGUA